AUGCUUCAAGCCGUUGCAGGGCGUGGAUGGAGACAAUAUUCGACAAUACUUGCUCAAAAUUUACACAAAGGCAAACCUGGAGGUGGCUUUAGCUUUGAGCUCAGUGAUGAACAGAAAGAGUUUCAAGCUACUGCUCGUAAAUUUGCUAGGGAGGAAAUUAUUCCUGUUGCAGCACAAUAUGACAAAACCGGCGAGUAUCCUUUUCCGCUCAUAAAACGGGCUUGGGAACUUGGUCUCAUAAAUUUACACAUACCAGAAAGCUGUGGUGGACUUGGCCUUGGCAGCUUUGAAACAUGCCUUGUUACAGAAGAGAUAGCUUAUGGAUGUACAGGAGUCCAAACUGCCAUUGAAGCAAAUAGCCUAGGGCAAAUGCCACUAAUCAUUGCAGGAAAUGAUCAGCAAAAGAAGAAAUAUUUAGGAAGACUGACAGAGGAACCGUUGAUGUGUGCCUACUGUGUAACAGAGCCCGUAGCAGGCUCAGAUGUGGCUGGUAUAAAAACAAAGGCUGAGAAAAAAGGAGACGAGUAUGUUAUUAAUGGCCAGAAGAUGUGGAUCACAAAUGGUGGAAAAGCUAACUGGUAUUUUUUGCUAGCUCGUACCAGUCCAGACCCAAAAACUCCUGCAAGCAAAGCCUUUACUGGAUUCAUUGUAGAAGCAGAUAGCCCUGGAAUCCAAAUCGGAAGAAAGGAAAUCAAUAUGGGUCAGCGAUGCUCAGAUACGAGAGGUAUUGUCUUUGAAGAUGUGAGAGUCCCAAAGGAAAAUGUACUACUAGCUGAGGGAGCUGGUUUUAAAAUUGCAAUGGGAGCUUUUGAUAAGACCAGGCCUCCUGUAGCAGCUGGUGCUGUUGGUUUAUCACAGAGAGCACUGGAUGAAGCUACUAAAUAUGCUUUAGAGAGAAAAACUUUUGGGAAAGCAAUUGUUGAACACCAAGCAGUGUCUUUCAUGCUUGCUGAAAUGGCAAUGAAAGUGGAACUAGCUCGGAUGGCUUACCAAAGAGCCGCAUGGGAAGUUGAUGCUGGUCACAAGAAUACCUACUAUGCUUCCAUUGCAAAGGCAUUUGCAGGUGACACUGCAAACCAAGUAGCUUCAGAUGCAGUACAGAUUUUUGGAGGAAAUGGAUUUAAUACUGAGUAUCCUGUAGAAAAGCUAAUGAGGGAUGCUAAAAUCUACCAUAUUUAUGAGGGAACUGCUCAGAUUCAGAGGAUCAUCAUAGCUCGUGAAUAUGUUGGCAAAUUUAUGGCUUAA